UGGAAAAAAUGGGGAAAAUACUUUUUGGGGCGAAAUGAUUCACUUUUUCGCUCCCAACUUGAAAGAUAAAUUGAUUCAUGCACAUUAAAUAACACGAGACUCCUGUAAGAUUAUAAAAAUAUAAUUGCUGACUCUCUAUCUGAUACAAAAUAUUUCUCUUCUGUGUGUAAGUGUUGGACGUUAACAUUAAUCGGGAAACAUGUUAAACCAUUUGGAGACAAUAAAAAAUCUACUGCGUGGAGUCGAUCAGCACAGCAGACUUGGGAUGUUGAAAGGGAUAAUUGACGACUGCUGUAAUUUGGACGACUUGAAACCACUUCAUGGUUGCAUUAAAGAAACUAAAUGGACGUAAAAAACACAUCAUUCGCGCAGCAACCGUUAGCAUUGUAGAUUUUGACGGAAAGGAAAUCUUUUCGGAGAUGAUUUUCCAUGAAAAGGGAUCCUUUCUGGUAAGCAAGGAGACAAUCUCCGUGAACGGAUUCCGCGAAGAUUCGCUGAUUGGAGGAAUUGAUAUGGACAAAGUUAGAGAUAAAAUUAUUUCGAUUUUGGAUGGAAAAUUGGUGGUGACCUGUAACGGUGCAGCAGAUUUCAACAGUCUGGACAUCAGAGGAGGGGACGUCGAUUCGUUAAAAUACUUUUCAAAAAUGGAACGGAACUUUCAACAAAAUUGGUCGAAAAAAUUAUCAACCUUUGUCGCUAAAGAAAAUCUAUCGUCACUAUUUUAAUUCCGAGAUUCAGAAAAGCGGACAAAUUCACACCGCCCUGGAAGAUGCCAA